AGCUAUUAAACUCCCCAGGGAGGUUCGUUCGAGUCUCUUUCUUUUUCAGGUCGUAGCGAAUACAUCGCGUCUCGUCUUUCCAUUUUCAGGAAACUUACGUUACGCGAGUCAUUUACGUCGGGGAAUACCAUGGAGAUCAUGGAGUUUUGUCGAAGAGAAUGGAAAAUAUUAUACAAGAUCUACGUAUGGAUUACGGCGACAUGUCUAUCACAGGAUUGUUCCUCGUUUAUCCGAUGUGUUACGUCCACGUGUUAGAGGCAUGGGAGGAUAUUAUUUACAAGCAUUACGAGUUGAUGUACUCCACGAAGAAUGACGAAUGCGAAUUUGGGAGAGCGAUUCCUCUAUCUUCGUACCAUCACGUUCAUCAAAAAUUCUUUAGCGAAUGGUGUCACGUGUAUACGAUACCACCCACAUUGCUGGAAACGUUGGAAGGUUACGAUCUGGAAUAUAUUCAGAAACAAGUGAUAAACUGCUUGACUAAGGUGUACAUAUUAUGCGAGUAUAUAGCGAAUACCGUGCGCCAGAAGUCGAUCAACGUUCAGGACGUGUUCCUUGGCUUGGGAGGCAGGGAGGUGACUCAAUACUUGCCGGAAAGUACGAUUUUCGAGUUUCUCUUGCACGUGGAGUCGCCCGUUCUCGAGACUGUGGAGGAUCGCUUGCAAAUAUACUCGGACACAUCGCUGAGCGAGUUUUGGGACGAUAACAACGUCUGGCCACCGCCGUGUAGUCUUGUGCCGCGCGACGUGUUCGACGAACGGGGCCAUCGGAUAAUUUUGUUCGAAGAGUUGCAGUGUCAUCUCGACAACGAGAAGUAA